AUCUCCGUUCGGUCGACUGAAAAAUCAAUUAUUAUUGCUGCUGCUUUCUGGCAGAGAAAUUUAUAACGACAAACAAACAGUUUGAAAUUACCGUAAUUAGAUAAGAAAACGAACUUCGAAACAAAACGUGUUAGUCUUAAAAAACCAAACGGAUAAUGCUUUAAACGUACAGCAAACCAACCAUCAGCCAGCCAAAAUGAGCCAAUGUCAAAGUUAACCAACAACUAGAAACACAUCGCAUAGUCAACAGCUCGCAGUGAGCCAUCAACGAACCAAAGUCGAUCAGGAACACACAUAGAAGAAGUGGCCUUAGGGACUAGCUUUAACCACCACCACCAACCAUAGCCAAACGAAUCCCCGAAUAGCCCACGGAAUCCGGAUCUAAGCCAAAAUGCCCGCUACAGCCACAUCCAAGCAGAGAGCUCCGCCCGUCGAGGAGGGCAUGACGCCCAAGAAAACCGCUUUGAUCAUUGUCACCGUGAUCGGAUGCAUUGCCAUCCUGUGGCCAAAGGUCUUCCAUCCCAUGAUGUUCGGCGGCGUUCCGCCGACCCAGCCAAACUUGAAGGAUCCGCGCGCAGCUCCAGGCGGAUGUUGUGAUGUCGUGCUGGACAGGGAGCAGUUCCUGAACGCCUCCAAGAAGGAAACUGUCGAGCCCUUCGGUCCGCAUUUGUAUCGCAAGCAAAUCAAUGUUUACACGGGCGAAAUCAGUCUGCGCCAGGAGCGCCCAGCCCACCUGCAUCCGGAAUCCAUAUACCAGGCCAUGAGGGAGCGGGGUCGCGCCAUUCCCGCCACGCCCACCGUUCCGAUUCUGGAGCGGAAGACUUCGCCCAGUAAUCCGCCGCCGCGGAUCGUCGACGGACGGCCCGGACCCAUUCCUGGAAUGCGUCCACCCAUGGGCGCCGGUGCACUGCAUCAGCCACAACAGCGGGGCAGCAGCAUGGGCUUCCUAAUGCCACUCUACACUAUCGGAAUCGUGGUCUUCUUCGGCUACACCCUAAUGAAGAUUAUGUUCAAGAAGCAAGUGCCCAAUGAACCGUACGGAGCGGCACCAGCCAAUCCUGCUUUCCGACAGGAGGUCUUCGGACAGCAGAACCACAGUCAGGUGGAGGACUUGGGCGGCAGCAAACUGGGCUGGCGAGAGCAUCAGACAAGAGCUGCCGCCGCAAAGAAGCCGGCCGCCAAGGACACCGAAAAGGAGCUGUACAACGCCAGUGUGUCGGCCACCGAGGUGGCCACCAGUUUGUCCGCCUCGCUGAAGAGCCACCAGCAGCUGAAGGAGGCCGAGCAGCUGAUGGAGAUCGAGAAGCUGCGCCAGAAACUCGAGAGCACGGAGCGGGCGAUGGCCCAGUUGGUGGCCGAAAUGAACACCGAUCAGUAUGAGGCAAAGAAAAACGACAACGAAAAAACAAGAGAGCAAGCAGACAAGCAGAACCUUUCCAACGGACAUGCAAAGCCCACGGACGACCAAAAUCCGGAACAGGAGACAGCGGCGCUGGGAGCCAGGAAACGCCGGGAUCUGAGCGCUGAACGGGAACUGACGGUACUCGGCAUGGAGUUAACAGCCAGUUGCGAGGGCGGCCACAAGUGGACUGGACGCCCUCCAACGCCUGUUUUCCGAGCGCCAAGCGAACAUUCCAAAUUGGAAGACAAUCUGCCGGAGCCGCAGUCCAUUUACUUGGAAGGCGCCCUGGCACACGAGUCUCAGAUUUUGGUGGCCGACUCCCAGAUCAAACGCGAAGAAGUCUACGACUCGGAGCUCAAUGGCUCAGCCGAGGAACCAGCCAUCAUUCUCAGCAGCAGAAUGACAUUGUCAUUGAUUAAUUUGGACGCAAAUCAACAAAAUGGGAAUGCAGGCAAAUCCCCAGUGGAUAGUCCCCUGGCUGAUGACAUCGAAAUAAUUGGACACGACGAGCAGUAGACGAAGAUGUACACUGAUCGAUUUUUAUAUAUAUAUUUUGGCAAUGAUAACGACUUGAUGAUUUACACGAAACUAUAAUUGCAAGGGCCGAGUGAAAUUUCGUUGCUAAUUUCGUUGAACGACGAACAUUAUGACUGAUAACCACGAAACAGAUUUGCCAAUAAUUUGAUAUCUGAUUUGUAUAUAUACAUAUUGUAUGUUUUGAUAUCUUCGUUUUGAUUUAAAAAACGCCAACGUUAUGUCUCCCCCUAAAACACUAUCUGCUCUUGAAAACUUUGCUCAAUUUCGGUCAAACGUAAACCCACUUGCAUGUCUCGGAAACUCUUUAGCUCGUUUAGAAAACCGCGUCUUUGUGAAAUGCAUGAUUUUUUGUGAAUACUAUUAGUUGGAAAUCAAUGCAAAACUAGUCUACCAUUAAGCUAAGCGCAUAUGUAUUUCAAGCCGCAUCGUCUAUUAAUCGGCCCUCUUCGCAUUAAAAUCCGUAGCUACUUGGCAAUGAAAUUACCUAAAAACAAAUCCAAUUGAUUGUAUGUUUAAACAAAUAAAGUUAGUGCCACAGCGUUUGUGAACCUAGUAUAAUGAAUAAAUUGAAAACCGAACUCGA